CCCGGGUCGCGGCGGGGCCGUGGUGUACGUGCCGAGCGCGCAGAGCGAGUGGCGCCCGCACGCCCUGCGCUCCUCCACAGGCCGGCCGGGCGCCCGGGAGGCGGAGGCGGCGGCGGCGGCGGCGGCGGCCCAGGAGGCCGGGCCCGCGCGCCCGAGCGGAGAUCGCCGUUCGCUCACGCAGGCCGCGUUCCCUCCACCCGCCAUCCCGCCCGCGGGGCGAUGCGGCGCUGAGACCGGACCCGAGGACGGACGCGAGGUCGGAUCCGAGGACGCGAGGAAGCCAGCGGGGCCGGGCCGAGGGCGGGGAGCCGGCCUGCGUGAGGCGAGGGGCGGCGGCGGCGGCGGCGGCGGCGGGUGCAUGGCGCAGUGACGGGGCCCCUGCCGCUCCUCCGCCCGCUCUCCGGCCUCGGGCGAGGCCGUCCGGCCGCCACCCCGCCUGCUCGGCCGCCGCCGCCGCCGCCGCCGCCAUGGCCAAUGACAGCGGCGGGCCCGGCGGGCUGAGCCAGAGCGAGCGCGACCGGCAGUACUGCGAGCUGUGCGGGAAGAUGGAGAACCUGCUGCGCUGCAGCCGCUGCCGCAGCUCCUUCUACUGCAGCAAGGAGCACCAGCGCCAGGACUGGAAGAAGCACAAGCUGGUGUGCCAGAGCGGGGAGGGCGCCCCGGGCCCCGGCCCCGGCCCCGCGGCGGCGGCCCCGGCCCCGGCCCCGCUCCCGCCCCCCGGCCCCGCGCCGGCCCCCGCCGCGCCGCCGCCGAAGGCCGCUGGGGCCCGGCGGGCCAGGAAGGCGGCGCCGCGCAGGAACAGCGCCGCCGGGGACGCGGCCAAGGCGAAGGCCCAGCCCGCGGCGGCGCCCGGCGGCCAGGGCCGGGCGGCGGCCGAGGCCGAGGCCGCGGAGUCCGCCCCGGAGGAGCCGCUGGUCCGCGCGAAGUCGCUGCUGCGGGAGAAGGCGAACCUGUACCCGCCGGGCAGCGCGCCGGGCGGCGAGGGGCUGAGCCACGCCGGCGGCCUGCGGCCCAACGGGCAGACCAAGCCGCUGCCCGCGCUCAAGCUGGCGCUGGCGCUCGAGUACAUCGUGCCCUGCAUGAACAAGCACGGCAUCUGCGUGGUGGACGACUUCCUGGGCCCGGAGACGGGCCUGCGGAUCGGCGAGGAGGUGCGCGCCCUGCACGACACGGGCAGGUUCACGGACGGCCAGCUGGUGAGCCAGAAGAGCGACUCGUCCAAGGACAUCCGGGGCGACCAGAUCACCUGGAUCGAGGGCAAGGAGCCCGGCUGCGAGACCAUCGGGCUGCUCAUGAGCCGCAUGGACGACCUGAUCCGCCACUGUAACGGCAAGCUGGGCAACUACAAGAUCAAUGGCCGGACGAAAGCCAUGGUUGCUUGUUACCCAGGCAAUGGGACAGGAUACGUACGUCACGUUGAUAAUCCAAAUGGAGACGGAAGAUGUGUGACAUGUAUAUAUUAUCUUAAUAAAGACUGGGAUGCCAAGGUAAGUGGAGGUAUACUGCGAAUUUUCCCAGAAGGCAAAGCCCAGUUUGCUGACAUUGAACCCAAAUUUGAUAGACUGCUGUUUUUCUGGUCCGACCGCCGCAACCCUCACGAAGUACAACCAGCAUAUGCUACAAGGUACGCAAUAACUGUUUGGUAUUUUGAUGCAGAUGAGAGAGCCCGAGCUAAAGUAAAAUAUCAAACAGGUGAAAAAGGUGUGAGGAUGGAACUAAAUAAACCUUCUGAUUCCAUCAGUAAAGACGUCUUAUAGACUCUGAUCCAGCAAUACCCUCCUCCACCUCCGACAAUGUUGACGCUGUCUGUCAACGUGUGACCACACGCAAGUGGGAUAAAGAAAAAGAGCCAACCCGUUGGCAUUUCAGUAAGGAAACAGAAACGACCUUUUCGUGUUGCAUCAGAAGGAAGAUUGGACCGUGUGGCUUUGUCCUGCAUGACUGACUGCAAACCUGUGAUUGCUUCCGGAGAAUAGAAGCUGCCGGCUGAGACUGGUCUCCACAUCCGGAGUGCCCCUGGUAGUGCUGUUUCAUUCUUACAUUCUGUCACCUCUGCCAUCUAGCCGAGUUCAUGUCAUCUCUCCCUUUUUUAUAGUCACGUUUGGAUUUGAAGUAAUUUUUGUAUGAUCAGGUACAAUUUAUCAAAACUGAAUUGAGAAAAAAAAUUACAGCAUUGUCCCCCAAAAUAGCAUCAAUCUAUUUUUGUAAGCCUCUUCGUACUAUUAAAUUUUGCCCUAAAAGACCUCUUAUAAUGAUUGCUGCCAGUGACUGACAAUUAAUUUUCUUUUUACUUACAAGAAGGAGCACUUUAAUUAGCAGCUGAGAAACCGGAUUUUUUGUAAUCCUGUCUGACACUAAUUUGAACUCUUAAAAAUGGCUUCUGUUGUUUUUGUUGACAUUGUUAAUAAUGAAACAUAACAGUAAAACCAUCACCAUUUACUACCAAUAA